GAGAGAAUGUAUAUAGUGGGGAAUUCCCACUCAGUAAACUAUUCUGUGUUGAAGUGUUACUGUAUAUCUGUUCAGCAGCUCAGAGCGCGGAGGUAAAACCUAAGACGAGGGUGUUCGGAUAGCUAUGGAUGUGAAUGCCCUUUCAAUGCACAGGGAUCCCAAUCUAAUGGGGGAGCCCUGUGUUCAGAUCUUCGAGCAGCCAAAACAGAGAGGCAUGCGCUUCAGGUACAAAUGCGAAGGUCGUUCAGCAGGCAGCAUACCCGGAGAAAGAAGCUCAGACAAUAACAGAACCUACCCAAGCAUUCAGAUUCUGAAUGUUACAGUGAAAGGAAAAGUACGUGUUUCCCUGGUGACCAAAAGUGACCCGUAUAAACCGCAUCCCCACGACUUGGUGGGUAAGGACUGCAAGGAUGGUUAUUAUGAGGCCGAGUUUGGACCCGAACGAAGAGUCUUUGCGUUUCAGAACCUGGGCAUCCAGUGUGUGAGAAGAAGAGAAGUGAGAGAUGCCAUAAUGCAGAGAAUUACGCGGAGGAUCAACCCCUUCAAUGUUCCCCGGGAACAGCUGCUGCAGACUGAGGAAUAUGAUCUGAACGUGGUGCGUCUUUGCUUCCAAGUUUUCCUGCAAGAUGAGACCGGGAUGUACAACACCGCGCUGCCUCCCAUCAUCUCCAACCCCAUCUAUGACAACAGGGCCCCGAAUACAGCCGAACUGCGAAUCUGCAGGGUGAACAAGAACAGCGGCAGCGUGAAGGGAGGUGAUGAGAUUUUCCUCCUCUGCGAUAAAGUGCAGAAAGAUGACAUUGAGGUGAGGUUCUUCACUCAGACCUGGGAGGCCAAAGGCUCCUUCUCUCAGGCAGAUGUACACAGGCAAGUGGCCAUAGUGUUCAAGACACCCGCCUACUGUGACACCACCAUCACAGCCCCUGUCACAGUGCGCAUGCAGCUGCGCCGGCCCACAGACCAGGAGGUCAGUGAGCCCAUGGAGUUCCGCUAUCUGCCCGACGACAAAGAUCCAUAUGGCUGUCAAGAGAAGAAACGUAAAACUGAAAGCCAAAUGAAGUCCUUCUCUGGAUUCUCCCAAGGAACCAUGAGCUUCAUGAACAGACCAAAAGCAGUGCCUUCGGCAAGUUUGAUGAAUCAGAGAAUCAAAAUUGAGCAACCAACUUAUUAUCGUGGAUCAAACCGUGGGGUGAUGCGUCCAAAUCCAGCAUCCUUUUAUAACAAAACCCUAACGGAAACCCCACCAUCAGGAGCACAGAAUCAAGCAUGGUCCAGUUUAAUCACCAACACCAUCAGUAAUGGAGCAGGCCUACAGCAGGUGAACCCAAGUCCUAGCAUGCCCACCACAGGAGAAAGUGGGAACAGCCUUCCUCAACUGAGCCCUAUGGAUCUGGAGUUACUUCUAUCUAAUGGCCCAACCAGUAGCCAGCCUCGACAGGACCAACCAAACCAGCAGGUCCAGCAAUCCCAACAGCCAGCUCAAAGGCAAGGAGUAGAAGCAGCCCACAACUGGUAUAACUAUAACCAACAACAGCCUCAAAGCACCCAGAACGGGGCAACAGGCACCGGUGGGUCAAUGGGAACAGGUUACUUGUAUACAAGCAACAUAAAUGAAGAUUUGUUUCAAAACUUCAUCAGCAAUCAGCCAGUCCUACCACUGAAACAGGAAGACCAAGGGUCGAGCAACAUGGCUGUGCUGGGGCCCAGCUCGGACUGUGGGCAGUCCUUCACCGCACUCCUGAACUCCACCACCAUUAAUGGAAGUACCGCAGAGACCAUGAGACAACUGGAACCUGGUGGGGUCAAUCAGAGGGCCUCGCAUAUAUCCUACCCUGCCAGCGGCUUGGGGCAGGAGAGCAAUCUUGAUUCUUUCGCCUGGCAGUACUUCCAAUAGAAUCGAAUUCUAUAAGUGUUCAAGAUGAUUUUGUUCUUUAAAUGUAGGCUCUGAUUUAUGUUCACUGAAUGUAUUUUGUGAAAAUCAGAAGGGCUAGUUGUCCUGGAAAUACUGUAAGAUGCUGCCACCAAUUAGGUAAGCAGUGAGAUUUUAUGAAAUGUUUAUGUAUAUAACAGUCUGAUGGUCAUAUUGGAGACGUUAUGUCCACAAAUUAUGACAGUUUAAUUGUGUUCCUUAAAGUGGGAACUAGCAGGGAAUUGUCCCUGGGUAAUGGCUAUGUCAUUUUAAACAUGCUUCUUAUCCAAGGUUCUCAAAUGUACUGUUCAAACAUGGGUUUUCUUUGCUUACUCAGAAGUGAUAUUAUGGCUUUAGAAAACUAAGACCGAUGCCUUAUUCUGUUUUUACUUUAUUCAACAUACGCAAGCUUUUACAUGAUAUUUUCUAUUGGUGAGUUUUUGUAUUUUUAUAAAAUUAAAGUUUAUACUACUGAACAUGGAUUUUAUGAUUUCAUGUAUGUAAUGUUUGAUACAUUCUGUGCUGAUUUGUGGCUACAUUUUUUGAUAUGUAGAGGUGUCCAAAGUUUGUUUUCAUUCAUAAUUAUAAUUUGAAUGCAUCAUUUAUUUCUUUUUCACAUUCCACUGUUUACGUUAAAUAAAGGAUAAACUCUGUAA